AAGCGCGAAGACAUGGUUUGUCUGAAUUGAAAAAGUGUGAAAUAUGCGUUAAUAGAGAAUGCGUUUGAUUGAAGAAAUUAUGAUGAUAUAUUGACAAGUGUGUAUGGAGUCCACAGCAACACCAAUGCCAAUGGCGUGCUUCUCUCCACCACGCUCCCUCGUUCUCUCUUCUCCCAAUCUCACUCUUCUCUCUCACUCUCAUCCUCAAUGCGCUGUUCGAGUUUCUCUCAACAAAAGCCUCUCCCAACACAUCGUUCAUUCCACAACCAAGAUUUCCGCUACUGCCAAUGCCAAUGGCUUUCAGACCGAAACUGCGGUCGUCGAUAAGCCUCAGUUAGGUCGCUUCCAAGUUUCCAGGGGCUACCCCUCCCCCUUCGGUGCCACUGCUCGAGACGGUGGGGUCAAUUUUGUCAUUUCAUCUCUCAAUGCACUCUCAGCUACUCUCUGUUUGUUCACUCUUUCUGAUUUUCAUCAAAAUAAAGUGACAGAGUUUGUUGCUCUUGAUCCGUUGGUUAAUAGGACUGGGGCUGUUUGGCAUGUAUUCUUGAAAGGAGAUUUUAAGGAUAUGCUUUAUGGAUAUAAAUUUGAUGGCAAGUUUUCUCCUCAAGAGGGACAUUACUAUGACUCUUCUCGUAUACUAUUGGACCCUUAUGCAAAAGCAGUUAUAAGCAGAGGGGAAUACGGGGCUCUAGGACCUGAUGGUAACUGCUGGCCCCAGAUGGCUGGCAUGGUACCUUCUGAUGAUGAUGAGUAUGACUGGGAAGGAGAUUUGCCCUUGAAGUAUCCACAAAAGGAUCUUGUUAUAUAUGAAAUGCAUGUGCGAGGCUUCACAAAACAUGAGUCAAGCAACACCAAGUUCCCUGGUACAUAUCUUGGUGUGGUGGAGAAGCUUGACCACUUAAAGGAACUUGGAGUAAAUUGCAUAGAAUUAAUGCCAUGUCAUGAAUUCAAUGAGCUGGAAUACUUCAGUUACAAUUCUGUACAAGGAGACCAUAGGGUCAAUUUUUGGGGAUAUUCAACCAUCAAUUACUUUUCCCCAAUGAUCAGAUACUCAUCUGCUGGCAUAAGAAACUGUGGCCAUGACUGUAUUAAUGAAAUUAAAUUCCUGAUCAAAGAGGCACACAAACGAGGAAUAGAGGUUAUCAUGGAUGUUGUUUUCAAUCAUACAGCUGAAGGGAAUGAGAAUGGUCCCAUUAUUUCCUUCAGAGGUGUUGACAACAGUAUCUAUUACAUGUUAGCUCCCAAGGGGGAGUUCUAUAACUAUUCAGGAUGCGGGAACACAUUCAAUUGCAACCAUCCAGUUGUACGACAAUUUAUAGUGGACUGCUUAAGAUAUUGGGUAACAGAAAUGCAUGUGGAUGGUUUUCGCUUCGAUCUUGCUUCUAUUAUGACCAGGAGUAGCAGUCUCUGGGAUGGAGCUAAUGUAUUUGGUGCUCCAAUAGAAGGUGAUUUGCUGACAACUGGAACCCCUCUAGGCAGCCCCCCAUUGGUUGACUUAAUCAGUAACGAUCCUAUACUUCGUGGAGUGAAGCUUAUAGCUGAAGCGUGGGAUGCUGGAGGCCUUUAUCAAGUUGGCUCUUUCCCUCACUGGGGUAUUUGGUCAGAAUGGAAUGGGAAGUACAGAGACACAGUGCGCCAGUUUAUCAAGGGUACUGAUGGCUUUGCUGGAGCAUUUGCUGAAUGCCUUUGUGGGAGUCCUAAUUUAUAUCAGGGAGGAGGAAGGAAACCAUGGAAUAGUAUUAACUUUGUCUGUGCUCAUGAUGGGUUCACGCUAGCCGAUUUAGUGACUUAUAACAAUAAGCAUAACUUGCCAAAUGGAGAAGACAAUAACGAUGGAGAAAAUCAUAAUAAUAGCUGGAACUGUGGACAGGAGGGGGAGUUUGCCAGUACCUCAGUGAAGAAAUUGAGGAAACGACAAGUGCGGAAUUUCUUUCUCUCUCUGAUGAUUUCCCAGGGAGUUCCAAUGAUAAAUAUGGGCGAUGAAUAUGGACACACAAAAGGGGGAAAUAACAAUACCUAUUGUCAUGAUAAUUAUCUUAAUUACUUCCGGUGGGACAAAAAGGAAGAGAUCUCAUCAGACUUCUUUAGAUUUUGUCGCCUUAUGACUAAAUUCCGCCAGGAAUGCGAGUCUCUGGGCUUGGAUGACUUCCCAACAUCAGAGAGGCUGCAGUGGCAUGGUCAUUUUCCUGGAAUGCCAGACUGGUCUGAAUCUAGCCGUUUCGUGGCUUUUACCAUGGUAGACUCAGUGAAGGGAGAAGUUUACAUUGCUUUCAAUACAAGUCAUUUACCUUUCACAAUUACCUUGCCAGAGCGUCCUGGAUACAGAUGGGAACCUCUUGUAGACACCAGCAAGCCAGUGCCAUAUGAUUUUCUCACUCCUGACCUUCCGGGAAGAGAUAUUGCACUACAACAAUAUGCUCACUUUCUUGAUGCCAAUAUGUAUCCUAUGCUUAGUUACUCUUCCAUUAUCCUUUUGCGCACUCCAGAUGAAAAUGCGUAGCAUGGAGAAUCGUUGAAUCAAUAAUAUAUAUAAUCAUGUUCCUUCACGCUGGAAGUCUGGAACCAUGAAUGAAAUCGUGGGAUCAGUAAAUAAAGCAAUAGAAAAUGCAUUGAAAAAUUUCCUUCCCCUUUACAUAUGAAGGGAAACAUCAAGGACAAGAAAAAUAAGCUGUAUACGUGAUGGAACGAUGUGAUGAUGGAAAAGUGGGCAAGUUGUUUCGAUUUAGAUGUAGGUGAUUUUCUGCUCUGCGUUUUGUAAUGCCUUUUCUCACUGUGGCUUUCUAUUUGUUUGUGUGUAUGUGGAGGAGGGUAUGGGAGCAAGGAACGGAGCAACCGAAGGAAAAUUUGGCUUUAAAAAGG